AUGGCAGCAGCGCCGCCGCCCAAUUACUCUCCGUUCACACUUGAACCUCAACUCAACACUCGCAAAAUCCCAAGUAAGUCCGAUUCUAACGCCCUAUGCAAAACCCUCAUAGUCCUCGUCCUUGUUCUCGCCAUUCCACUAUUUCCUUCACAAGCGCCCGACUUCAUCACCCACACCGUCUUCACCGAUUGCUGGGAGAUUAUCCACCACUUCUUCAUCGGAAUCGCCGUCUCUUACGGCAUCUUCGGCAGAAGAACUUCUCGAUUAGUCCCCCCAAAAUCUGCAGAUCCCACAACUGGUGAUGAUUCCCUCUCCUAUUUAUCUGGGAUUUCUCACAUAACUUCAAUUUUCGACCAUGGUUAUGAAAAUGCAUGCUGUGAAAAUGAUAUUUUGCAUAAUUAUGUGAAUUGUGAUGAUCAGUUUGUAAGAAACGAUGAAUGUGUAGUUCCUAGUGCUGCAAAGAUUAGAUCUUUCGUGCCAAAUGAUGAAAAUGAGAGGAAUGGGAAUCUAGCAUGGCGCUCCGAAUCUUUGGUAGUUGUCUCUAAUGCUAAGUGUUUUAAUGGUGGAAGCUCUGAGACUGAGUUUAAGCUCUUGAAUUUACCCAUUAGGAGUUUGAAGUCGAGGACUGCCGAUAAUGCUAGUGAUAAGCAAGAAUUCAAGAAAGUAGAUGAGUUUAGUAGUAAAAAUUAUGAGACUAUGGGCACUGAUAAAGAUGGUGAUGAUGCUAGGAUUGUUGUCAAUUUGGAUAAGAAGCUUGGGGAGGUAAUUGGACAAUCAACAAUACCUUGGCGCUCGAGAUCCGGGAGUAUGGAAACUGAGGAGGAAAUAAGUGGUAGUAGUAUUUCCAAGCUACCUGCACAUAGUUGUAGGCCUCACUCUGUUGGGGAAUUUGAGUUUGAGCAUCUCAAGUCUAGGCCACUCCGUGGUAAGAAGUUUUCUAGUAAUCCUGAAUUGAGAAGCUCAAGUGAAAGGGUGUUUUCUGCCUCACAUUCAAAAGCAGACUCCAUAGAUUCUGACCCCUUUAGCAGUAGUACUUCUUCAGACAUGGACAGUGUUGGGGAUUUGGGAAACAACCUUGAAAGCUCUGGUGUUGAAGAGGAAGUAAGAAAAGGGAAACAAUCUAUUAAAUCAUUUGACAGUGAUGUGAAAUCCUCAACCCUUUCUAAGGUCCCAGCAAGAGCUAAGUCUGUUAGGACAAUCAAACCGAAGAGGUACUUUGUGAAUCAGAAGGAGCAGUACCCUAGUCGAGGUGAAAGCAAGUUUGGGAGUAGAUUUGUUAAAACCGAAGCAGCAGAUUCUUUGAUUAAAAGAAGAGAGGAGAAACCAGAAAUUCCCCCAGUUGAUCAUCAAAACCAAGAAUCUGGGAGUAUAUUCUCCGUGCCGAAGCCAAAACCAACUAUUUCCAAGCUCCACGGUGAAGAGAAACAAGGCAUUGAUGACUCAAGUUCUACCAAGUCUGUUGAUAGGGAGAUAGGGUUUGACAAGAGUUUGGUUGAGGAUGAAACUAUUCCUAACAUUGACACAGAUGGUGAACUUGGGAGUGAAGUUGAUAGAAAGGCCGACGAGUUUAUAGCAAAGUUCAGAAAGCAAAUAAGGGGCCAGAAAGCUUCGACUUCAUCUGUGGAAGGAUAUAGUGGCUGGUAG